UCGGAGGUCUCUUUGGAAAUGGUGGGCCUUGUCUUACAUACUAUUUUUAAUGCCCUCGGUUGCAUAAUGGCUUCUCGAUUUCCAUAACCUACCACCCAUUUCCUGUGGGGCGCCGUAUAUGAGUUGGCCUCCGUCAACGCCAUAAUUAAACAGCUGUUUUGGAAUUUCCUGCCACCCUGCGUACACCGACUUUAAAUCAUCCUUGAUUCUUCAUUGUCUCCCUCCCUCUUGCGGUUGAGCAGUCUGUUCUUCACGAAACCCAAGGCAAAAUGCGCCAUUCAGUAUCAGAUCCUGACGUGGACGAGAAGCUUCUCUCCGAUGAGGAGGCUACUUGGCCUCGGGAACAGAAGCAAAAUCAGAGUCUAUUCAAGAAAUGUGCCAAAUAUUUUCUGUUUGUUGCCGUCGCCGUAUUCUCCUGCUUAGUAGGUGUUGUACUUGGACGUCAGCAGCACAAUCUGGAUAAGGUCUGCACUCGACAACUCACACAAUACUCCCCCGUGAUCCCAGAGGUCGGGAUCGAAUACCACCAAGAACAGUUUAAUGGCUCGUUCCUGAAAGAAAAUAUUUAUCGUCAAGAAGCAAGCCCAGAAGUAGAUGCUGCAUGGGAAGCUCUUGGUGUCAACUACAGAAGUCUUCGAGUCCCUGCAGAAGAGGCUCAAAAGUCGGGCCUUGCUCCUGAUCAGGUGAAGAUCAACGAAAAGUAUGGUGGAGGGUAUCCUGCAAACAUUGAGGGAUUGCAUCAUCUGCACUGUCUAAACCUCCUCAGACAGUCCCUGUACUACAACUACGACUACUAUCAUGAACAAGGCCAAGGUGCCUUUGUGAACGAUGAUUAUAUUGUCCGACGCCAUGUGUCCCAUUGUCUGGACAUCAUACGACAGCAGCUCAUGUGCAGCGUUGACAUCGGCGUCCUUGGCCAAGUUUGGGUUCACCCAGAGAACCCGGAGCCAUUUGUCGAUUUCAAUACGCAGCAUAAAUGCCGGAACUUUGAAGCUAUUCGGCAAUGGGCAGAACGCAAUCAGCUUCCUGAAACUGUGCCCCAGGACUUUUUGCAACCGCCCAGGAUCGAGGACAGAGUGUAUAAUGAGAUUCCAUGAUGAUGUUGUAUUAGUGAUGAUGUACAUAUAGUUGUUUAUAUGCCCUAAUGAAAGUGAUGAACUGAUGCCAAUGAACUAGCCUCUGCUUUUGUGUUGGCAAG